AUGGCGUCUCACCAUACCGCGGCAAACAUGGUCUCCGUGCAAAAAAAUUCGCUUGACACGACACUCACGAAGCACGAAAUGAUAUGUAUUGAGGUAGAGAAGAGGCCCUGGCUCUACGAUAAUUCGCGUGCGGAUUACAAAGACGCUUUGAAGCGGGAAAAUACAUGGGCUGCAAUCGGACGUGAAGUCUCGAUGACAGCAUGCGAUUGUCAGAAGACCUGGCGGGGCAUUCGAGAUCGGUACGCCCGUGAACUGAGGGCCAGUGAAGAGAAACGAAGCGGCAUGUCUGCGGCGGGGGUGUACAAGUCCAACUGGCCGCUCUUCACCACUCUGGACUUCUUAAAAGAGUUCAUACGACCACGCAGCAAAGUUCGAAGCAGCGCUCACCCUGCCCAGGAAUUUUCCCCAAAGGCGAUCUAA